GAGUUUAUGUUUCAUAUCACGUGUAGAUAUUCUCAAUAUGACAAGGAGAACUGAAUCGGUAAACCAAACAUGCAGUGGUCUAUGAGCUUGUUGGACAAAAAUGUAAAAGUUGAGACAGUGAACGUCUUUGAACAGCUGAGUGAACAGAGAAGACUUUUUGGAGCUAAAUAACUAAAUGUAGCCUUCGUCUGCGUUUCUCGACUCCCUCAUCAGGAAAAACAAGCAGAGUGCAGACUCCUCCCCAUGACCUUUGGAAAAUCUUUCAAAGUUUUUCAUUCUGUUGAGCACCUACUGAGUUACAUGUUCCCUCCUCCUCAUCUCAGCAACAGACGUAGCAGAAGUCAAUCCACAAAAUGCUUGACUCUUGGGUAUUUCUGCUUCUCCUUGUCCCAGGGGGGCGGAUGUUUAUGAUCCAUAACACGCAGCACGGCCUGUGUCUGGAGGAGUCAGCUGACACUGGUCAAGUUCUCCUGAAACAGUGUGACCUGGACUCUCAGGCUCAGCAGUGGCUCUGGAUCAACCAGGACAUGCUGAUGUGUGUCGGAUCCUCCAGGUGUCUGUCGGCUCAGCAGAACCAUCCGGUCCAAACCCAGGCCUGUCCGGGGUCAGACCAGGAAGCUCUAGAGUUGAUGUGGGACUGUAGCAGUAACAGACUCAGCAGCAGAAACACGUCCUUACUGCUGUCCACCGACGGCCAGCGUGUGAUUCUCACAAACCACCUCAAGCACUUUGAGUGGAAGUCUCUUGACGAGGUGGACGUCUGUCAGACGAGCCUCCGGCUCCGGAGAGCGUCUGAGGACCAGGACCCAUUAGAGAAUCAGGAGGAGGCAGCAGACGGGAUGAAAGGCAUGACAGAGGAGCAGAGAGAGUAUUUCCGCUGGUUCUACCGUACCGAGGACCCAACUAUUUGGACAUUUGUGCUUUUGGUUCUGGCUUUUGUCUGUUUGCUCAUCGGGUUUUUGCUGCUGGGAAUGGGAGCCAUGGCCAACAAGAGCAGAAAGAAGAUAGCUAAAUACAAAGCCCAAGCAUCCCUUGUUAAGAGGCAUGAAGGUGAAGAGCUUCAAGUCGUUUCUGCUCAUCGGGAUAAUGGCACAUCUCCGCUGCCCCAGGGUCACAUGUCGUCCAUGUCUGAAGGGGAAACAAAGGAACUGAAAGCAGGGGACAUUGUGGUCACAUGGAAAGAUGGCAACACUUCCUGCUUGUAUCCAGAUCAUGUUUUAGAGGAGAGUCAGGAGGAGCUGGAGAAGGAGCAGCAGGAGAAACAGGAGGAAGUGUGGCAGGAACGAGAGGCUCAUGAUGAGGGGAGGAUGACAGAGUGAAUACUGGUCUGUCCCUCAGCUUUUAAAGGGAUCCACCAUUAGUUGUAACAAUAGACUUUAUUUGAGAAAUAUUCAUUUAGAUAUAAAUAAAAUACUGU